ACGAUGACGUAGCUUCCGGUCUGGCCCUGUUUACGGUAUAUCAAAAUGGCUUCCUCGGCUGUAGUGGCUACUCCCUCGGGCAAAGAUGCUGUAGCAGAGGGUUUGCUAGACGUCUUGAAACCAGCUAUUCAGCAGCUUGAUCUGCAUGUACACUCAGUCAGAGAAAGCCAGGUAGAAUUGAGAGAGCACAUAGAUAAUCUGGCCACAGAGUUAUGCCGGAUAAAUGAACAUCAGAAGGUGGCUCUGGACCUGGACCCUUAUGUAAAGAAGCUGCUGAAUGCAAGGCGUAGAGUAGUGCUAGUGAACAAUAUACUGCAGAAUGCUCAGGAACGUCUGAGGCGACUCAACCACAAUGUUGCCAAGGAGACGGCCCGCAGGAAGACCAUGCUGGAGGCUUCGGGAGCGUUCCCCUCCCGCUCCCCCAGCAAACCCUGAGCCCCGCCUCCAGCUCUGCGGACUGUCCUGAUCACUACUGAACUAACACAAGGAGGACACGCUGUCCUUUGACAUUUAAUUAGCAGUCUCUCUAAUGAACUGCUCAUGGUUUUGGCAUUCUAAAGAUCCUGUCUGCCAUCUGCUAAGCGUAAGACUGACAGACAACAGAAUCAGCUUUACAGUAUCAGCAGAUUGAUUCUACAGAUAAGAUAAAUGCUUAAACCCAUGAGGAGCAUGUAAAAAAAAAAAA